AUGGCUAUUCAGAAGUGGCUACUCUUUCUUUUUUUGCAUAUCCAUCUUUAUAAUACUCCCAUCCUAGCGCAGCUGUCCGAUUUAAAAUACGUUCAGUGUGGUGGCAAUGGUAACUAUACUGAAGAUAGUGCAUACCAGAACAAUCUAAAAACCCUCCUCUAUUCCCUUUCCUUAAAUGUCGAUGAAUAUGGUUUCUACAAUGCUUCCAUUGGCCAAAACAGCAACAAGGUCAGUGCUAUUGUGAUGUGUAGAGGAGAUAUAGGGCUUGAUCGAUGUCACUAUUGUGUCGAUAACAUUGGUCAAAAGCUUGUAGAGAUAUGUCCUAACCAAAAAGAAGCUAAUGCUGCCUAUGAUGAAUGUUCGUUGCAGUACUCCAAUCGAUCCAUCAUAAACGAUACUACAUCAUUUCCUACUCUAUAUUAUUUCUGGAAUCAUGUGAAUGCCUCACAACCGGAGGAAUUCAACAAGGAUCUCGAAAUAUUAUUGGUUGAUUUGCGAGACCAAGCUGCAAAUGGUGGUGAUCCCCGUAGAAAAUAUGCUAGUGGUAAUGCGACAGGCCCAGAUUUUCAGACUAUAUAUGCACUUGUGCAGUGCACUCCUAAUCUAUCUCCUCAGAAUUGCUUCGAUUGCUUAACUGGCGCUUAUGGGACUAUGCCUAGCUGUCCCUGCAAGGGAAAGACUAGUGGCAGAAUUAUAGGACUUAGCUGCUAUUUCCGUUAUGAAACUUAUCGUUUCUUCACUGACGUGCCAUUGAAAGCUCCGCCACCUGCAGGGAAUCAUAAUAAAACAGCUCCAACAGGGAAUGGUGGUAAAACAGCUCCAAUCAUAAGGAAGGAUGAUAAGAAAACUCGACUACCCGUUAAUAUUAUCAUAAUUGUGCCAACUAUUAUAGUUAUUAUUCUUACUGUAUUAAUUUUUGUCAUUAUAAUGAAGAAGCGAAAGAGGAAGCUGGUGAACAAAAUUCAGAGUACACUCGGCGAUGAUAUUAGCACUGCAGAAUCCUUGCAAUAUGAAUUUUCUACAAUCAGAGAAGCGACAAAUAACUUCUCAAUUGAUAAUAAACUGGGAGAGGGCGGAUUUGGUCCUGUGUACAAGGGUACACUUCAAAAUGGACAAGAAGUAGCAGUGAAAAGAUUGUCAGCAGAUUCAGGCCAAAGUGAACUAGAAUUCAAAAAUGAGGUUCGGUUGGUUGCCAGGCUUCAACACAGGAAUUUGGUUAGGUUGAAGGGAUUUUGUCUAGAUGGAACAGAGAGACUUCUUGUCUACGAAUUUGUUCCCAAUGCAAGCCUUGACAAAUUUUUAUUUGAUCAAGUUAAACGUAGGCAAUUGGAUUGGGGAAGGCGAUCAACAAUCAUUGGAGGUGUUGCUAAGGGAAUUCUUUACCUUCAUGAGGACUCUAGACUUCGCAUCAUUCAUCAUGAUCUCAAAGCUAGUAAUGUUCUGCUUGAUGCAGAAAUGAAUCCUAAGAUUUCAGACUUUGGCAUGGCAAAGCUAUUUAAAUUGGAUGAAACUCAUGGCAACACAGACAGAAUUGUUGGGACCUAUGGUUAUAUGGCGCCAGAGUAUCUACACGGGCAAUUUUCAGUCAAAUCUGAUGUUUUUAGCUUUGGAGUACUAGUCCUUGAAAUUGUAAGUGACCGAAGAAACAAUUGUUUCAUAAAUGGAGAAUCUACGGAAAGCCUAUUGAGCUAUGCUUGGUCGAAUUGGCGUGAAGGAACAUCUUCAAAUUUGAUCGACCCCAUGUUGACGGGAAGCUCAGGACCGGAUCGUGACAUAGUGAGAUACAUCCACAUAGCUUUAUUGUGCGUUCAAAAAGAUGUUGCAAAUAGACCAACCAUGGGUGCAGUUGUUCUCAUGCUCAAUACUCACUCUUCAAGUCUUCCACUUAUUGAAGAAUCCAAUUCAAGAAUAAUGGCACAGUCAAGUAAACUAGCCAAAAGUAAAUCAAAUUGUUCAUCACGAAAUGAGGCAUCCGUGUUAAAGAAUGACAAAUGUCCCACAUCGAUGACAGCCAUGACCAUAGCUAUUCAGAGGGUGCUACUCUUUCUUUUUUUUGCAAUACAUGUUCAUUUUCUCAAUAUUGUAUCGGCUUCGCAGCUUCCUGAUUUACGUUACAGUUCAUGUGGUACCAAUGGUAACUAUACUGAAAAUAGUGCAUGCCAGAAUAAUCUUAACACACUCCUCUCUUCCCUUUCCUCAAAAAUCGAUAACAAUGGUUUCAGCUAUGCUUCCGAUGGCCAAAGCGCCGACAAGGUCAGUGGUAUUGUGCUAUGUAGAGGAGAUGUGGAGCUAGAACAAUGUCGCAUUUGUGUCAAUAACAUUGCUCAAAAACUUUUACAGUUAUGUCCUACCCAAAAAAGAGCAAUUGGUGGCUAUGAUAACUGUUCGUUGCAGUACUCGAAUGAUUCAUCCAUUUUAGAAACUACAUCAUUUUCUCUUCAAUAUUACUUUUCGAAUCCUGCUAAUGCCACAAAACCCGAGGAAUUUAACCAGGAACGGAGUAAAUUACUGGAAAAUUUACGAGAUCGUGCUGUAGAUGAUGGUUCCUCACUUAAAUAUGCUACUGGUAAUGCGACAGGUCCAGAUUUUCAGUCUAUAUAUGCACUUGUGCAGUGUACUCCUGAUUUAUCUCCUCAGAAUUGCCUCAAAUGCUUAACUGUGGCUUAUGAAAAUAUGCCUAAUUGUCCCUGCAACGGCAAGAGGGGUGGCAGAAUCAUUGUGUCUAGGUGCAAUCUCCGUUAUGAAAGUUCCAAAUUCUUCUAUGUAGCGUUGGGAUCUCCUCCACCUGCAGGAAAUGAUGAUAAAACAGCUCCAAUGGGGAAUGAUGAUGAAAAAGCUCCAACAGGGAAUGAUAAUACAGCUCCAAUAGUGCAGGAUGAUAAAAAAGCUCGACUCGUCAUUAUUAUCAUUGUGUCAAAUGUUAUAGUUGUUAUUCUUACUGUGUGUAUUUCUGUCAUCUUAAUGAAGAAGCGAAAGAGGAAGCUGGUGGACAAAAUUCAAGGUACACUCGGUGAUGAUAUUAGCGAUGUAGAAACCUUGCAAUAUGAUUUUUCUACAAUUAGAGCAGCAACAGACAACUUCUCAAAUGCUAAUAAAUUGGGACAGGGAGGAUUUGGUCCUGUGUAUAAGGGCAAGCUACCAAAUGGACAAGAAGUAGCAGUGAAGAGAUUGUCAGCAGAUUCAGGCCAAGGUGAUCUAGAGUUCAAAAACGAGGUCUUGUUGGUAGCCAAGCUUCAACACAGGAAUUUGAUUAGGUUACUGGGAUUUUGCCUGGAUGGAACAGAGAGACUUCUUGUCUAUGAAUUUGUUCCCAAUGCAAGCCUUGACCAAUUUUUAUUUGAUCAAGUUAAACGUAGCCAACUGGAUUGGGAAAGGUGAUCCAAAAUCAUAGGAGGCAUAGCUAGGGUAAUUGUUUAUCUUCAUGAGGAUUCUAGACUUCGCAUCAUUCAUCGUGAUCUCAAAGCUGAAAAUGUUCUACUUGAUGCAGAAAUGAAUCCUAAAAUUGCAGACUUUGGCAUGGCAAGGCUAUUUAAAUUGGAUGAAACUCAAUGCAACACAAACAGAAUUGUUGGGACCUAG